AUGGCAUCCGCCCCAAACACCGCAGCAACCUACCCCCCAGCCAAGACGGCCCUCCUCCUGCUUGACUACCACAACAUCAUUGUCGACAUGAUUCAACCCCUCGAGGAGAAGGAUAGGGUCGUCAACACGGCGAACUCUCUACUUAAAACAGCCCGCGAGAGCUCAGCCACAAUUGUUCAUUGUGUGAUCGACAUGAACGCCCAGCCCGCCGAGACCAGCAAAAUGCGGCAACGCUGGGAGUCUACUUACAAGCCCUUGGCGGUUUCAGCCCCGGAGAGGCUUGGACUAAUUGCUGAACUGGCUCCCACCGCCAAAGGCUCCUCUGGCAAGGAAUUCGUCGUUGCCAAGAUGCCGGGGUGUGUCUCUGCGAUGAAAACACCGGGGUUUGUGUCUUCGCUGCGGGAGAAGCAUGGAGUUGAGAGUGUCGUUAUUUGCGGUCUUAUCUCGAGCGGCGCGGUCUUGAGCACGGCCCGCGAGGCCGCUGAUUUGGGCUUUGUCACGACAGUAGUGGAGGACGGUUGUUGGGAUUACGAUGCCGGGGCUCAUUCGGUUGUGAUGAAGAACAUUUUGCCGAUGACGGCGUAUACCACUGAUUUGAGGGGUGGUUUGGACUUGUUGAAGGGUUCUGACAGAUAG